UUCCUCUCCCUCCACUUUCAUCAUGGAUCCUUCUCUUCGUCUAGUUCCUUUGGGUGCCCCAAAGUCUGCAUCUAUCGCCGAAACUUCGAACUCACUAGGCCUCCAUGAUUCCCUCCAAUUCGGUCCUCGCGUUAUUGCAACAGAAAUAAAGUCGGAAGGUGGACUCAGGAAUCGGUUGGAAAAUUGGGAGGAGACCCAAGACAAUCUCAAGCUCACCAUGAUGCGCAAUGCAUAUGGUCUUCACGCUCCUAUGAGGAUUCUGAUGGAACGUAAGAUAGUGACGAUGAACCCGCACAUGCCCACAUUUCCUCAAUCCAACGUCCACCUGGAUAUUCUUAUGGGCCGUGACGAAACGAUAGAACCUUCGGAUGUGUUUGGAGGACCCGUACGAGCACCUCCGCUUGAUAUUCACGCUGAUAUGGAGAGAAAGCGUCGAUUGUGAUGAAGAUUGGUCCUGACCGUGUAGUUUGUUUGUAGACAAUUGCAUCUCAUUCGCAUGAGCCACAAAGAUCCAUUUGUUCUCUACUAG